UAUUUAGAGCAGAGGGACUGCAUCCUUUUUAGAAAGGUGAAGCACUUCCUGUUUUGUGCAGACGAGAGGAAGCGUUAAACCAUCAGAGGCUCAAACAUGAACGUCUGGCUUGUCGCUUUGGUCUGCUUCUUCUUCCACACACAGCGGGAUGGAAACAGUGAAAGCGUCGUCCGUACAGGAACUGAAGGAGGAGACAUAACAGUUUCAUGCCCCUUCUAUUUAUCCGGAAAGAGGAAGAUCUUCUGUAAGGGAGAGUGUGGAAAAGGAGACACUCUGCUCCAAACCACCGCCGACACGGCCCAGAAAGGGAGAUACAGCAUCAGAUUUAAAGAAGGGACUGCUUUUCCGUAUUCUAAUACAGUUCUGUAUGUGGGCAUCACAAAGCUGACUAAGUCUGAUGCAGGACGGUACAAAUGUGGCUUUGGCCGAGUGUUUUCACCGUCAUACAUGGAGUUUGAGAUCAGAGUUGAAGAUGCUCCAACCUCUUCAAAACCAAAAGUGACUCUCGGACCGUUUCCAACAUCAGCCUCCACACUGACCAUCACUCAGAGUCUGAGCUCCGUACCUUCCUCAGCCUCCCCUGAACGCACCACGCAGCCUCCACAGGGACAGACAGCUUCAGAUGGUGUGGUGCUGUAUGUGCGUCUGACUCUGGUCGUCAUGUUCCUCGUACUCUCAGCGUCUGUGCUGAUAUUCUGCAGGAAGAGGGCCAGGAAACACAGAGGCUGACAGAGAGUGUGAGGAGGUCAGAGAGGAGGACAGAGGGAGCAGAUAUCCUCCUGUAGAGAUGUCUGGUCUCUCCACUUUCCACUGCAGACACUUCUCAGAAGACAGUAAGCAACACUGAGACAUCUUUCUUCUUUUGAGACACAUUUAAAAAAAUGUGUCUCAAAAAUGUGUUCUAAAAAUGGUUAAACAUCAGUGCAUGUUGUAGUAUCCUGCUGCCUUCUAAGAAACAGGAACCAAGCCGGUGUAGGGUUAUUUUUAUAGCCACAAGUUUUAAAGCAAGAUAAAAUGUUGCAUAACUUUUAAACGAUUUAUAUUAAAGGAAUUAUGUUUUUUUUUAAAAACCACAAAAUAAACAAAUUAAGAAAAA